AAUCGCCUUCGAAUUCUCUCUCAUCAUUCGGCAUCACUUUCUCUCUCUAUCUUCUUCUUUGCGUUUUCUAUCUCUAGCUCUCUCUCUCUCUCUGUGUCAGUUUCAGUCGGAGCUCCGGAUAACCAAUCGGAUUCUCAUCGGCGUUUGCUAUCGGAUUUGGAUUCGGCGACUGCAUCGCUUUUGUGUCGCGGCGGAUUGAAAGUUCGUUAUUCUUUAAGAAGUUCAUAUAAUUCGUAAUUUGUUUUGUUUUGAAUUGAAUUGGCUUUGGUUUUGCGUUAAUUGAUUAUAAUUGUAGGUAAUUUGGUUCUGAAAUUUCUGAAUUCUGCAGAUUGUGUUUAAUCUUUAGCUUUAUUUGGCGUGUUAUUGCAUGAAUUCUGAAUCUUGAUCGUAUUUGCAAUGAAUUGUGUGAAUUUAUGGUGCAUUGCGUGGUCUGUGGUGGAUUUGAUUUGAUGAAUUGUUGAUUGGAUUAAACCUGCUGUAGUUUUUAAUUUUGUGGUAAUUUUUAGCUGAUUUGACUGUCAUGUAAUUUGGUGGUUGUUGCUAAUGACGAUGACGAUAAUGGUUGUGUUUGGUUUAGCUAAUGUUUUAGGGAAAUGUGAUUCUGGCCCUAGAUGUGUUUGUAGAAAUCGUUAGCCCUGCCCUUGCGUGAGAUGUUUGUAUAGUGAUGACGUGUGUGUGAGACUGCUGAGUUUACAUUGGGAAGGAACUGAGUCCGCGCCUAGCUUUUUGUUUCUAGUUUCCAAAUUUGGUUUAUUUAUUGAAACGUGUGUGUCGAGGAGCAAAAGAGAACGAAUUUCGAGUAUGGACACCGUGAGCGUUACGAACGUGAUUCUACUUAUGUGGAUUUCUUUCUGCUUUAGUUUUACUGACGACGGCUUCAUUUGGUUGGGGGGCAAAAUCUCUUGUCUAUUAAUUGUUACCUGAUUUCAGCUACCUGCUGAAUAAAGUCCAGAUAAAAUUAACCAAAUAAUAAGUGAUUUAAUUGGGUUUGUAAAAAUGAAAACAUUAUCGAGGUUGUUUAUGUCUUUUUUGGGUUGGAGGUUUAUAAUAGUUGAGGGGCAAAUGAUUUCAACUUGUGAUUGGAAUCGCUGUGAGUAUUGCUGUUAGGCAUCAUCCGCUCUUUAUGGGUGGUGCAUCCCGUAUGUUGGAGCUCAACUUCUUGUUUCUGGAGCAUUCCACAGCCGUCGUGUGCAUUUUGUGCGUUUAGAAGCCAAGGCCAGUGUUGGUUAUUGGGACUUUCUCUGAACCUUGGUUUCAGGUGUUGCGAUGUGCAUCUUGCCUUUAACGUUCAGACUUUAUCGAGGUUGCACCUUGAAGCUUGUGGAUAUGUAUUAAAAUUUAAGGAGACUGAUUUACCAAAGUUAGACAACAUAACAGGAUUACUUUCUUUGUUUUUCACUGUACUGGAAGAUAGGGUAGCAUGCUGCAGGGUCUUAUCCUCUGCUUUCUGUAUAAUGAGUUGCUGGAGUUAAAAUACUGAAUUAUAUGUAGUAUUUGACGGUUUUUCUGCGGCAGUAUCUGCAGGGCUGUUGUAUCCUUAUCAGAGGUGAAAUUGGCAAGUGCAGAGCGUAUAUGCUUGUUUAUCGUGGUUCUGAUUGAGUCAAAGCUCUAUCCCAAUAUAUGGCUUCUAAUAUUACAAGUGUGGUCUUGUCGUCACUUCUUUGUUGUCACAGCAUUGUGGGUUUGCCGUAUGGCUCAUAUCUGAUAUUGCUGGGAACAUGAUUUUUUGGGUCAUCUUCGUUUCCCCCCUAAUGCUAAUCUGAGCAUUGAUUUACUCUCUUGGUAUUAUGAUUCUCAGUGCUCAUGCUCUAAGGUCAUUAUUCUUUUUUCCUUAUUAUUUUUUCAACCCUUAAAUCGUUUUUGAAACCUAUCGAUUUGCAACUAAGGUCAGUGAGACAAGGGUUUUGCUCCCAUUCAUUUGGUUAAGGGGGCUUAUUCGUGAGGCCGUGUCAUUAGAAGAUGGGGAAUCAAGAGAUAAAGCUGUGAUUAUUUGUAUAGUUCAAAAUGUUGAUAAUGAAAGAACUGUAUAAGGUUCAAGCAGAGCCACUCAAAGUCUGUUGGUAUAGAGCUUUAAAAUUUUGCCUGUUGGGUAAGUUCAGUACUCGAAGCAGAGAUGGUGCGGAAUUCCAAUUGAGGUUGGGGCGUCAAAUCGUUGUGCCCAGUAUAGUUGGAUUUGGUUCCGAGACUUCUUCAAGGAAUCAAGCGAUGCAAUGUUGUUGCUUACUUUCCAAAGAUGGAAUCUCUGGAGUUCCCAAGCGCUGCAUUGCAGUUAUUGUUUAUAUGUCUACUUGUUUUGAUGAAUCCUCCUCUUGGGGAAAUGCUGAUUGGAGCUGUUCAACCUUGCUUGGAUUUGUUGUAGCUGAUUUCAAAUGUCUGCAGCAUUAUAGAAGAAAGCAGUGUCAUGGGGUGUUUGCCCGCCUUGAUUGGGCGACUAAAUGCCUCUGAGCUUUAACAAGUGGUGUUAAACGUUUUUGUACAUGCAGGUGCUUCAGGCUUAUUUCCAGCUUCUAAGUAUUGCCACAUCCGUUUGGAGGUAUGCAAGAUAUAAUGGUUAGGCAGAAUGUACUGGGGGAUGCUCACGGUAAUCUAUCGAAUGGCAAGUAUAAGCUCAAAUUUGAAUCGAAGGAUACUGGAGAGGCCGCUGAAUUGCUAGAGAAAGGAUAUAUGCAAUAUGGAUGUUCACACUACCGGCGAAGGUGCCGUAUUAGAGCUCCUUGCUGCAAAGAGAUUUUUGAUUGUCGCCAUUGUCAUAACGAAGCUAAGAAUGAUAUUAGCGUUGAUCAGAAGCAUAGACAUGACGUACCACGCCAUCAAGUGAAACAGGUGAUAUGUUCACUUUGCAACACUGAGCAAGAGGUUCAACAAGUUUGUAUUAAUUGUGGUGUAUGUAUGGGGAAAUACUUCUGUGAGACUUGCAAGCUCUUUGAUGAUGAUGUAUCUAAGAAACAGUACCAUUGCAAUGGCUGUGGGAUUUGCAGAAUUGGGGGGCGUGAGAAUUUCUUUCACUGUGACAAGUGUGGUUGCUGCUACUCAAUGCUGUUAAAGAACAGCCAUCCCUGUGUGGAGGGAGCAAUGCAUCACGACUGCCCUGUUUGUUUUGAGUUCUUAUUCGAAACAAGAGAUGAUGUUACGGUCAUGCCAUGCGGGCACACUAUUCACAAGAAUUGCUUAAAAGGGAUGAGGGACCAUUAUCAAUACGCUUGCCCUCUUUGCUCCAAGUCAGUUUGCGAUAUGUCUAAGGUAUGGGAGAAAUAUGAUAUGGAGAUUGCAGCUACACCGAUGCCUGAACCCUAUCAAAACAAAUUGGUUUCGAUCCUCUGCAACGACUGCGGCAAAAGCUCACAAGUGCAGUACCAUGUUGUGGCCCGGAAAUGCCCGAACUGUAAAUCUUACAACACUCGACAAACCAGAGGCUGAGCCGGUGGCGACGUUUUUGCAAUCGAAUUGCUUUGAGCAUUGGCUAUCAGUGUGCACCUGCGCAUGUGUGACGAGACUCGUAACAAAAGCCCCGUACUCUCUUGACCACCUAGCCAUAUCGGGGGAGGUGGUCGUGCGGGUUUUGUCUUAUGUUGCAGAGCUGUGGCCGGGGUUGCACCGUCAUGUUUCGUUUAUUUGUAUUUCUUGUCAUGUAUUUCUAUGUAUGGCUUUUCCCUGAAAUUAAGGCAAGAUGUAUGAUGAUCUCUCUCAAGUCCGAUGAAAUUCUUGUUUCUUGUUUUCUA